UUCCUCUAUAUCCCCCAUUACUCUCUCUCUCUUCUCUCCACCACCAGCCCAAAAAAAAAAAGGCCUUCAUUUCAGGAAUCUAUCAGGAAAAGCAGCACGAAAGCAGAGAGAGAUAGACAAGGAAAGGUUUUUUCGCUCGUUUCAUUACUACAAACCAACAUAAGAUAAUUUGAAGCAGCUUAGAAAGAUGAAGAGAUUUAUCACCAAAAGGGUAUUGUCGUCAACAAAUUCUCUGCGUUCCCCCCGCUGCUUCUCUCAACAUGCCCAAAAACAAACCCCUCUUCCUGAGAAUGAAAUCCCUGUUCCCAAACUACCCCCAUUCGAUUACUCUCCUCCUCCUUACACCGGUCCUUCCGCCGAAGAAAUCUUGGCUAAGCGCAAAGAGUAUCUCAGCCCUUCUUUAUUUCACUUCUUCAGUAAACCCUUGAACGUGGUUGAUGGAAAGAUGCAGUAUUUAUUCGAUGAGAACGGCCGUAGAUACCUUGAUGGUUUUGGAGGUAUUGCUACGGUGUGUUGCGGCCAUUGUCAUCCUGAUGUGGUUGAUGCAAUCGUCAAACAGAUCAACCGUAUACAACACUCCACUGUUCUUUAUCUCAAUCAUGCCAUUGCUGAUUUCGCCGAGGCCUUGGCUUCCAAAAUGCCCGGAAAUCUUAAAGUGGUGUUUUUUACGAAUUCCGGGACGGAAGCGAAUGAAUUGGCGAUGAUGAUAGCAAGAUUGUAUACAGGAUGUCAAGAUAUAAUAUCGUUGAGGAAUGCGUACCAUGGGAAUGCAGCUGCCACCAUGGGUGCUACUGCACAGUCAGUCUGGAAAUUUAAUGUUAUUCAGAGUGGAGUCCAUCAUGCCUUGAAUCCAGAUCCAUAUAGAGGAGUAUUUGGUUCAGAUGGAGAAAAGUACGCAAAAGAUGUCCAAGAUAUUAUCGACUUUGGAACUACUGGCCAUGUUGCGGGAUUUAUAUCUGAAGCUAUCCAGGGAGUGGGAGGAAUUAUAGAAUUGGCUCCAGGUUACUUGCCUGCUGCUUAUGGAAGCGUUAGGAAAGCAGGAGGCCUUUGUAUUUCUGAUGAGGUUCAGGCUGGGUUUGGACGCACAGGGAAUCAUUUCUGGGGAUUUGAGACCCAGGGUGUUGUUCCUGACAUUGUGACAAUGGCAAAGGGAAUUGGGAAUGGCAUUCCUCUUGGUGCUGUGGUGACCACCCCUGAAAUUGCAGAAGUCUUGACUCGUCGGAGUUACUUCAACACAUUUGGAGGAAAUCCUUUGUGUACCGCUGCAGGUCUGGCAGUUUUAAAAGUGAUGGAGAAAGAAAAUCUUCAGGAAAAUGCACUAGUUGUGGGGUCCUAUCUCAAAAAGAGACUAACUGAACUCAAGGAUAAAUAUGAAAUUAUUGGGGAUGUGAGGGGAAAAGGAUUGAUGCUCGGUGUUGAACUUGUAACUGACCGCCAGCAGAAAACUCCAGCCAAGGCUGAGACUCUGCAUGUGAUGGAGCAGAUGAAAGAAUUGGGAGUCUUGAUUGGGAAAGGCGGAUUCUAUGGAAAUGUUUUCAGAAUUACACCUCCACUAUGCUUUACUAAAGAAGAUGCAGGGGUGAGAGUUAGAUUAAAAACCAGGUAACUGAAGUGCAAAACACAGAUAACAUAGAUGGUGUAUGCAAAUUUAUUUGUCAAGUACAUUUAUGUCCCUCGAUAUUAUUUUUGUUAUUAGGUGACCAGUUCUUUGAAGUUUGCAAAAAAUUAUUUUGAUAUUAAACUUUAUUUUUAUUAUUUUUUAGUUUUUAGUGGGUCAAAGAAGAGAGAGGAAAUGGUUAUAUUUUUUUCCAAAUGGUUUCAUACGAUGAGAGGAGUUUGACUUGGGUGUUUUUUUUAUACCUUGAAAGUGCCUAAAAAAUCCAGAUAUGAGAUCAGGAAGAAAUUGGUUUCCAGGUUGAUUCUUGAUUUUGGACAAGUUGUUUGCGCUUUUGGAGCUUAAAGAUUGGUUUCACAAGGUUAUUAAGGUGUUUUGAGUGGAAAAUUGGUGGAAAAUGAGUUUUUAGAGGGAAAAAAUCAGACAACUUAAUUUUCCAACCACCACAGUGGCCGGAAUCUGAGAAUGCUAGACGCAUCUUAAAAUAAGGCAGAUAACGCGUUGUUUUUUUUAUUGAGUUGGGGUUUUGUUUUAAAAAAAGUAGCACGACUGGGCCUGACUUUGCAGGCCCGCGUGCAGACUCAUUUGUCAUGGGUCAGGCGCUAAGCUUGGCCUCAUUCAUUUGUAAUUUAAAUAUUUUAUAUAUAUAUUAAAUUUAUUUUUAGAAAUAAAAAAAUAUUUAUUUCUUUUGAUAUUUUUAAUAUGUGCAACCUUGCAUAAUAUGUUUUUAUUUUUUAUUUUAUCCAAUAAAUCUCAUGUGUGUCAAUUUCUAUUUGAAAUUGAAUUUAAUAAAUAAAUUCAUUAAAUAUAAUUAUAUAAGUUACUCAUAUUAUGAUAUUAAAUAUCUUGAUAUACAUUUUUCUUAUUUUUUCUUGAAAAAAUGACAAAUCAAAAAUCAGUUUGUUGGUAAAUAAUAAUAAUUUAUUAUAAUGUAAUAAUGAUGAUAAUUAUUAUUCCUAUCAUAUGAUUUGUUUAAUUCGAUUGCUAUCAUAGACUACCAGCUUGGCUGCCGUUCUUAUCGUCUUGUGCACCCUUUUGGUUGCAGACUUCCUCGUGGAUGCGAUGGAUUACUCCAUAUCAAAGAUGUGAAGUCAGCAAAUUUACUUUAAUGUAAAUAAAGAAGUGUAUUGAUCA